AAGGAGGGUGAGGGAAAAUCUUAGCUGAUACAACAUUGAUCCUUCAGAUUAAAAACAUUCAUUUCCUUCCCUUGCCCGCAGAAAUAUAUAUAAAUAUUGCAAGCAGGCGUUGCCGCUGCCAGAGAGCUUCCCAAACUUUCACCCCUAUUAGACACUCUGAAAGCGAUAUUGGAGAGUCAAUUUUCCACGCCAGGGGAAAGGUUCCCGAAAAUGAGUGUUAAACUUACAGGCAGGUUAAUUUGAAUAGGUUUUGCGUGACGUCAGAGGUUUGACUCUUUUAACACAACGUGCUUGUGAACUGAUGUGUUUGUAUCACGUUUCUUUUUUUCCAUGGGUGCAAAGUAUGUAUUUCUACCAUCACAUAUGCCAGCCUUGGAGCCAAUGUAACAAUUAUUUCUGUUUCGUAGUAAGAAAGGCGCUAAAAUCACUGUAUAUAUUUAAAAGGGGGGGGGGGAAGUUUAAGAUUUCAUGUAAAUAAAGUAAAUGUGCUUUUCUGCUUCGUCCUAUAAGCAUCUAGGGACCUGUGGUUACCAAUCAAUUGGUACAACAGAGCAGAGCCAGGCUGCAAUAGCGUGCAGAUCAGACGUCUCGCCUUGUUUCUAGAUAACUGGGAGCCUCUGUACCAUGUCCUAUCCUCAGUUUGGCUACCCUUACUCCUCUGCACCCCAGUUCCUGAUGAGCACCAACUCCCUGACGACGUGCUGCGAGUCCAGCGGCCGGACCCUGGCUGAGACAGGGGCGGCCGCCUCCGCCCAGACCCCUGUGUACUGCCCGGUGUACGAGAGCCGCCUGCUCGCCACCGCGCGCCACGAGCUCAACUCCGCCGCCGCCCUGGGGGUCUACGGCGGGCCCUACGCCGGGCCCCAGGGCUAUGGAAACUACGUGACCUACGGCACCGAGGCUCCCGCCUUCUACUCCUUGAACAGUUUGGAUGCGAAGGACGGGAGCGGGUCUGCGCAUGCGGGAAUCGCGCCGGCGACUGCCUACUAUCCCUACGAUCACACCCUCAGCCAGUACCAGUACGACAGGUACGGGACGAUGGACGGCGGAACGCGGAGAAAAAACGCCACCCGGGAGACGACCAGCACACUGAAGGCCUGGCUGCAGGAGCACCGCAAGAACCCCUACCCCACCAAGGGCGAGAAGAUCAUGCUGGCCAUCAUCACCAAGAUGACCCUCACCCAGGUGUCCACCUGGUUCGCCAACGCCCGCCGGCGGCUCAAGAAGGAGAACAAGAUGACCUGGCCCCCGCGGAACAAGUGCUCUGACGAGAAGCGGCCCUACGAGGAAGAGGAGGAGGAGGAGGAGGAGGGUUCGCAGGAAGAGGCGAUGAAGAGCGGGAAAGCCGAGGAGCCCACGGGCAAGGAGGAGAAGGAGCUGGAGCUCAGCGACCUGGAGGACUUGGACGCCGCCGAGUCGGAGAGCUCGGAGUGCGAGCUGAGGCGGCCUUUCCCGCACCCGCUCCCGCACCCGCUCCCGCACCCCGGCAGCCACCCACCGAGGGCCGCCGAGCCUCCUGCCAAGAUGCCGCCUCCGGCCGCCGCCGGGGACGAGGAGGAGGAGGUGGCGGCGGCGGCAGAGCGGGCGCGGAGCUGCCUGAAGACGGCGGCGGAGGAGUGCGGCCCCGACCCGCUGGGCGCCCGGCAGCGCGGCUGCGAGUCCAAGAUAUGCUUCCAGCAGGGGCAGCAGCUGCUGGAGGCGAAGCCCCGGAUUUGGUCCCUGGCGCACACCGCCACCUCCCUCAACCAGGCCGAGUACCCCUCCUGCAUGCUGAAACGGCCCGGGGGCUCGGCCGCCGCCGCCGCUCCCGCCUCAGUCAGCGUCAUCGACAGACACCAGGAUUCGCCGGUCACCAACCUCAGGAACUGGGUGGACGGGGUGUUUCACGACCCCCUGUUCAGGCACAGUACUUUGAACCAAGCCCUGAGCAACACGACAGUUUCCUGGGCUACCACCAAAGGAGCCAUUCUGGAAACGGGCGCCCUGGGACGCGCGGUGGGGAACGGCGCCAAUGUGCUCAAGGGGCAGCUCUCAAACCUGGCCCAUCAUGACUCAAACAAAGAGUUUCUGGCGUUUCCCAAAUCAGGAAGCAAAAUGUUUUGUUCCUAACAAGCCCGCCGAGGGGCGAAGGACUUUCUAACGCUUGAAGAGUCAUCUACACUGAAAAGAGACUUGCAAGAAUUUAAAUUUAAAUAUAAAACUUUUUCUUCUUCCUUUUUUUUUAAACAAACAACAGAAACGAGGAUUUAAAGUUCAGUUUGCUCAGUUCAGCGAACAGACUUUGCUCAUUGCAAUUCUGAAGAUUUUCUCCUGGCUGCGACUUUAAGGGAUCAAUGUCGUGAAAGUUAUUUAAUUUCCAUGUCCAAAAAGCACGUACUAUAGCGUAGACCUACUUAUAAAGUUUACAUCUGAAAGUUUACAAACGGGAAAUUUUAAUUCAGAUUUAAUUUAAGGCAUGCCGAUAUUAGUUAUAAAGACUUUUCGAGAGUUUUUCCUCCUGAUUUCCCUGUUAGCAUAUAAUUCACAAACAGCACUUCUACUAAGUUUACACCUACUGCACAAAUUUAUCUUGAUAAAAAAAGGAAUAUGUUAAAAGGUAUGCUCACUCCAAUAAAUUGUCUGUUUCAGAGGUAACACAAGUGGUGGCGUUUUGCAUUGGGCAACAAACAACUUUUAUGUUCAA